AUGGCGACCUACUCACUUCACAGAGCACUUACAACAAAACCAAACUCACUCCUCCUUCAUUCCUCUAAACUCUCCUUCUUCUCCACCAACACUUCUCCCUCUCCUUCUCCUUCUCCUUCUCCUUUCUCCUCCUUCCGCGCAGCUCAGUCCACCAUUGUUACAGAAUCAAACCCUAACAAAAUCGCCGACGUUCUCCUUUCUCAAUCCUCUUUCUCCGCCUUCACUCGUUACCGCCCUAUCUACCCCUACGCAAUCCGCAAGCUCGCACGCGCCAGUCGUUGUGACCUUGUCGCGCGAAUUGUCGAGGAUCAUCUCGCGACGAAGAAGAACAUUUCUGAAGGUUUUGUUAUUCGAUUCAUCAUGCUUUACUCUGAAGCUGGUAUGGUUGAUCAUGCUCUUCGUUUGUUUUAUGAAUUUAUGCCUCAGUUUCAUUCUAGUGAAAAACCUAAACUGUUUUGUGCAAUUCUUACUGCAUUGCUGAACAAUUCGAAUUUUGAGAAAUUCCAUGAGGUUUUUGAUGAUGUUGUUGAGUCGAGUUCGGUUUCGCCUGGUGUUAAGGUGUAUAAUUUGAAAUUGAGAGCGCAAUGUGAGGAGGGGAAUGUGGAAUUGGCGGAGAAGUUGUUGGUUGGGAAGAUGGAGAAGGAGUUUGGAGUUUCGCCGGAGAUUAUUCAUUCAUAUAAUGUGAUGUUGGGGGCUUAUUUGAAGAGGAAGGAUUGGAGGAAGUUUGAUGAAAUGGUGAAAGAUGUUUUGAGUAAGGGAUUAGAGGGUAAUGUGACUACUUAUAAGCAUAGGAUUGUGAGGUUGUGUAAGGAGAAAGAGUCUGCUGGAGCUAAGGAGUUGUUAGAUGAGAUGAUGGCUAAAGGCAUUACACCGAAUGCAGCUUGUUAUAACUGGAUCAUUUAUGGAUUUUGUAGGGUAGGGGAUUUGGAAUUGGCGAAAUUGGUUUUGGAGAAGAUGAUUAGUGACGGGUCAGUUGCACCGUCAUCAUUGACGUAUUAUACUUUGUUUAGACAUAUGGUGCAAGAAGGAGAGUUUGUUGCGGCAUUGGAUACAUGUAAGAUGAUUUUCAAGAGAAAAUGGGUGCCUCCUUUUGAGGCCAUGGAAGGUCUAGUUAAGGGCUUGGUUGAGAUGUCGAAUAGAAAGGAUGCAAUUAAGAUGGUUAAGAAGAUGAAGAAAAGGCUACGAGGACCUGCCUUGGUGUCGUGGGGGAAGGUUGAAGCUGCUCUUCCCUUGUAG